UUUUGGACUAUGAUAAAAAUAGUUUACAGAUAUUAUGAGACGAGGAGAUAGUAUAAAUGAUGAAGAGACAGAUACCGAAGGAAUUGAUGGAGAUUACUCGGAGAGUGAAGAAUCAGUUGUUGAUAAAAAAAUUGGUUUUUUUGGUAUUCUUUUUAAUAAUUUAUCAAUUAAAAAUUUGCCAAAAAAAUGUGUUAAAUUUACGUUUAUUACAAUCAAUACUAUGACUUGUCUGCUUGGUAUUUCAACUGUUGUCAUAUCAAUUUGGAUGUUGGCAGACACCACCCUCACAUUACGAUUGACUGGUCAAAAAUUAUUUGUAACAAUUCUUUUAAUUAUUGGCGUAUUUGGUGCAAGUAUAUCUUCACUUGGAAUUUAUUCAUUAAUUAAACAAAAAAAAAAAUUAAUGUCAACUUAUAUAUUUUUUCACUCAAUAUUUCUUGGUAUAAUUUUUUUUUCAUCAAUUAUGAGUGCUUCUAUGUUUGAUCGUGUUAUUGAAAAAAUACAUCAAGAUAUGAAAAAUACAAUAAUUAAAUAUCGAUCAUUGGAUUGGGUCACUGAAGCCUGGGACAAUACUCAACAAUAUUUGAAAUGCUGUGGUAUCAAAUCGUCAAAUGAUUGGACAUAUUAUCGAAUGGAAAUACCUCAAAGCUGUUGCUCAAAAUCAAUUGAGCAUUGUCUGGAAAUGAGUGACUUAAUUGCUUUUGAAUCUGGUUGUCUUAAAAGUACUUACCUCAUGUUGCGUUCUAACAUUGAUAUGCUGGCAAUUGUAACAAUAUUAAUUUCCAUUUUAUCAGGUGCAAGUAUAUUCUUCGGUCUUGGAGUCAAAAAAAGAUUCAAAGUCAGCCGAUAUGUUGGUUAAAUUAAUUAUAAAUAAAUAACAAUAAUAAAUAAUAAAUAUCUAACAAGGAAGACUUAGAAACGGUUUUCCCUUUUUAUUAUCAUAUAUAUAUAAUAUCAUUUUUUUUUUUUUUUUUGAAAACAUUUAAUAUAUCGCACUUAAUAAAUAUUGUAAAUUAUUAUUGGACAUAAUUUAUCGUCCAGUCUCCAUUUGCCAUUAAUAAUGGCAGUGAUUUUGACGAACUGAAUAAUUUUUUUUAUUUUGAUAAUUUAUAUUUCACUUGAUCAUUCAGGAUCAUUCUUCAAAAAAAAUUGUACAUAAAUUGGCGACAGCAAUUUUUACUAAUAUUAUAAUUAUCUUGAUAUAUAUAUUUUUUUUUUGUUUCAUUUUCAAGUAAAAAAUUGAAUUAUUGUGGCAAUUUCUUUUCAAGAAAUAUACAAUUGAUAUUUUUUUUUUUUAUACAUAUACAAUACAAUUGAUAAUUUCAUUGAGGUGCGUAAUAAUUAAUUUUUAAUAAUUAUUAAAAAAAAACAAUUAAUAUUUAUAUUUAAUUUAUUUGGAAUAUGCAUCAACGUUUGAGUUGAAAUUAAAAUUGAUAAUUAAAAAUAUAUUAAUUAUAAUUAAGGAAUAAAAAUGGGGUUUUUUUUUUCUUUUUUCAGGCAAUAUUUUUUUUUCUUUUUCAUCCAAUUACAUAUAUAUAUAAUUAUUAUUUUUAUAUCAUAGCAAACAUCGUGACUAUUUACAGUAAAUAUACAGUUGAUUAGAUAAUAAUAUAUAAAUAAAAUAUAUAUUGUGUAUGGUAGUAGAUAUUUAAUUUAGGUUUACAGCAAUUAGGUGACAGUAAACAAUCAGACCAUCGGCAAAAUAGCAUUGUCUACCUAGAUAUAUAAUAGUGGUCGUAGCUCAAUAUUGUGCUUUUAUUUUCAAAUAAUUUAUUUUUUAAAAUUUCAUUUUUAUCAGAUCAUUCAACGAGAAUAUCACUAAGAAACACUUUUUUUAUUUUCUUUUUUUUUUUUUAUUAAAAAUUUAGAUCAAAAUUUAAUUUAAGUUGAGAAGCAAUUGAUAGUAACAACUUUGUUUUUUUUUUUUAAAUGAAUUUUUUGUUUUGUUAAAUUUCUUCUUUUCUACUUAUUUUUUUAUUUAAUUUUUUUUUUUUUAUUUUCUCUCUAAUAUUAUAGGCAAAUUUUGAAUUUAUUUAUUUAUUUUUUUUCAUUUAAUUUGACACGUAUUUUUUUAAAAAAUAGUCGAUUUAUUUUCAACAUUAUAAAUGUGAUAAAUUUAAUGCGACAAGUAUCUCAACGUUGACUUUAUCCAAUGUUAAUUAUUUAAAAUUUUAUUUGAUUAUUAAUUUGUGUAUUUUUCAAUUUUGUUAAUUUUAAAUCAACAAAAAUAUUUUAUAAAAUUGUUAACGUCGAGAUACCCGCUCGCGUUGUCGUUAAAUCAAUUAAUAAAUGAUCAAGCUUUGUCUAUUUUUAUAAUAAUUUUAAUACACUUAUUUCAUAAUUAAUUAUUUAUAUCUUUUUCAUUUUUAUCGAAACAUGAUAAAUUACGUUGUGCAACUAUCAUUGAAAUAAUUAUUUAUUAUUUAUUAUUUUCACAGUAUAAAAACAAAAAUUUUUGAUUAAAAAUAAAAACAACAUUAAAUACAAAAAUGAAUUGAAGUCUUAAUAAAGACAUCAACAUUCGCAUUCAUUGAUAAUACACUUAUUUAUUUUUGUGGACAAACGUACUGUGUUUUUUUUUAAAUAAUAAUAAUUAGCAAUUUUAAUAAUAAUAAUAUUAAUAAUCAUAGCCAGCAAUUACAAAUAUCAGAUGUUACAUUCAUUUACAUACAGCAAUAUUUUAUCAAUCUGUUUUUUUGUUUUUAUAAAUUAUUUUUACGUUUAAAAAUACAUUGUUAAGCCUCUCAAUUAAAAAGCAUUGUUGUGUCAGUCUUUUUUACACUCAUUGAUAAUUUUAUUUAAAGACCAAGCACCACUAUUUCGAACAAUUACUUUUUUUUUUUUUUUUCUAUUUUUUCCAUUAUUUUUCUUCUUAUACCCUUUUUUUUGUUUUACUUAAUAAAAAAUAAUAAAAAAUAAUUUAAUUCGUAUCGCAAAUUAAUCACUUUAUAGACACUUAAUAAUUCACUCAAUGUUUAUUAUUUAAAUAAUAAAUAUUGUGUGCGUAUGUCCACUAUUUAAAUUGUUUGGCAAUAUAAAC